UCUCAUGUCAUCAGACUCUGUGAAACAAUAAAACAGCUCAAACUGGAGUACUGCCUGAUUCAGUCUGAAGGAAUCCAGCGGCUGGGACCCGGGCUGCACAAGUGCCAGGAUUUGAGCCUUGGAAGUAAUAAACUGGGAGAUUCAGGAGUGAAACUGGUGUCAACAGCUCUGAUGAACCCGGAGUGUAAAAUACAGAAACUGUGGCUGGACUAUGUCGGUCUUACAGAUUCUGGUGCCAAAGAUCUCGCCUCCGCUCUCAGUACAAACCCAUCACUGGCGGAGCUGAACCUGAAUGGUAAUGAACUGGGAGAUUCAGGAGUGAAACUGGUGUCUGCGGCUCUGAGGAACCCAGAGUGUGAAAUGCAGGAACUGUGUCUGAACAGUGUCGGUCUCACAGAUUUUGGUACCGAGGAUCUCGCUUCCGAACUCAGUACAAACCCAUCACUGACGGUGCUGAGCCUGGCAUCAAACUCGCUCACAGACCGAUCUAUCCCCGCUCUCCGGUGCCUCAUACUGACCCUCUCGUGUCUGGAGUGGAUCCGCCUGGCUGGGAAUCAGUUCAGUGAGACCGGGAAGAAGGAAUUGAGAUCUCUGAAGGAACCCAUACCCGGACUGAAAGUGGAUCUGUGAAUAUCGGCAUGUUUGAACAUCCCAG